AUGGAGCCGCCGCCGACGGUGGAGGCCUUGCUGAACAAGCUCAUGGUGGAGCAAGACGUGGAAAUCCCCGUCGAGCGCGUCAAGAACAGGGAAAGUGUCUACAAGAUCUGCAAUAGGGUCAUGACCAUGAGUGUGGUCAACGGCUUCGUGGUGAUCCGGGUCGGCGGAGGCUACAUGAAGUUCGAUGAGUGGUACGGCAUCUACGGCAAGAAGGACAGGCUGAAGGUCAAUACAGACGUAAUAGAUCGUGACCCUGCCGGCGCGGAAGGAGAGGACCAAAUCACGCUCGAAGACGAAGACGAAGACGACAAAGAAGGAGACGACAACGACCAAGAAGAAGACCAGGCGGAGGAAGAAGCCAACAGCCACUGA